CCUGUAUAGAUCACAUGAUGGCACCAAUGAGGAUGGAGGAGGACCGAGGUCACAUAUGACCUGAGAAGAGAUACUAAACCUCACCCUGCGAGAUAUCCUACCUGCUUGACCGGAGAGAAUUUUCCUCUUCUGAAGUCAGGUGAUCAUAUGACCAUCACAGUGCCUCCAUGUGACUCCCUAAAACCCUGAGAGACAGAAAAAAAACAAACAGUGCAGAAGAUUCUAGAAGUCACCAAGAAGAUGAUGGAGCUGCUGACAGGAGAGGUUCCUAUAAGGUUUCAGGGUGUCACUGUCUAUUUCUCCAUGGAGAGUGGGAGUAUUUAGAAGGACACAAGGAUCUCUACAGGACGUCAUGAUGGACAAUCAGCCGCCCCUCCCUACACAUCACCGGGAUGGGAUCCAGUCCAUGGGAACCCACCACAGAGAGAUGUCCCGUCCUCUGUAUUCCCGGGAUUCCACACAGGAAGGUCACACCAUCCCUCACCAUCAUCAGAGUGGAAACCUGAGAGAUCCUAAAGUUGAGGAUAAAGAAGAGAUAAAAGAGGAGGAGGAUGAGGAUGGGGGGAUGGAGGAGACAGAGCUUCUAAAGAAAGCACAAAGAUCCUGUACCAUGACACCAUGGUGGAGUUCAAUCCAGCUUACAGGAAAACCCACCAGAGAGAUGUCCCCAGUCCUCUGUAAUUCACCGGGAUUCCACACAGAGGUCACACCAUCCUCACCAUCUGCAAGAUGUGGAGGAUCCAAUUCGAGAUACGAAUUUGAGUGAAAGCAAUAAUAAGAAGAGGCUGUAUGUGAGGGAUGAUCAUCAGUCUAUGGUAGGAGGAUGGAAUAACGGGGACAUUUUAUAGAUAGGAGGACACUCAUACAGAGA